AAGGGGACCGACCGGGUUUCAAUGUUGUCAAAGGUAAGGGACGGACCACCACCUGUAAACUCUAUCUCUGAACUAAGAUCGUGAGAGAAGGGGUCAGUGUCAGGCGAUGGUCAGCGUAGCGUACUUCCUUCGUGGUCCCACCCCCACCGGUCGAGUCGUUAUUUUUAUACAAAUAUAAAAUUAAAAUUUAAUAAAAAAAGGAAAGUCAGAGUUAUCAAAAGACAAAAAAAAAAGACAGCGCACGGGACGGGAAGGUGAUGGAUCCUAAAACCACGGAGGAGGACCAGGUUGAGCCUACGGCGGCGAUCGAGCACCGUUCCUUCGCUCGGAUCGGGUUCCUCGGUAACCCCAGCGAUGUUUACUUCGGCCGUACCAUCUCCUUCACUAUCGCUAACUUCUGGGCCUCCGUCAAGCUCCAGCCUUCUCGCCAUCUCCUCAUCAACCCUCACCCGUUCCACGAUCACGUCCGCUUCUCCUCUCUCCACCAUCUCCUGGAUCGUUUGCAAAAUGAAGGCUACUACGGUGGUGUAAGGUUGCUUAUGGCCAUUUGUAAGAUAUUCUCUAACUAUUGCAAAGAUAACGCCAUUCAGCUUCAUCAAGGAAACUUCUCCCUUUCUUAUGAUACCAAUAUCCCUAGGCAGACAGGGCUUUCGGGUUCUAGUGCUAUCGUUUCCGCUGCCCUUAACUGCCUUCUCGACUUCUACAAUGUCAGGCAUUUGAUCAAAGUUCAAGUUCGCCCUAACCUUGUUCUCAGUGCAGAGAAAGAGCUUGGUAUUGUUGCUGGUCUUCAAGACAGGGUAGCUCAAGUGUACGGUGGUCUUGUUCACAUGGAUUUUAGUAAGGAGCACAUGGAUAAACUGGGACAUGGGAUUUAUUCUCCUAUGGAUAUCAGUCUCCUCCCUCCUUUGCAUCUCAUCUAUGCUGAGAAUCCUAGCGACUCAGGGAAGGUACAUAGUAAGGUUCGGCAAAGAUGGUUAGAAGGUGAUGAGUUUAUAAUCUCAUCAAUGAAAGAAGUUGGAAAUCUAGCAGAAGAAGGUCGAAUUGCAUUGCUCAACAAAGACCAUUCCAAACUGGUGGAACUCAUGAACCGUAACUUUGACAUUCGAAGGCGGAUGUUUGGGGACGAAUGCUUAGGAGGAAUGAACAUAGAGAUGGUGGAAGUAGCAAGGAGGGUUGGGGCAGCUUCGAAGUUCACAGGAAGUGGAGGAGCAGUGGUGGUUUUCUGCCCUGAAGGUCCGUCUCAAGUAAAGCUUUUGGAAGAGGAAUGCAGGAAAUCAGGAUUUACGAUGCAGGAGGUAAAAAUAGCCAGGUCGUGUUUGAAUGAUUCCGAGAUAGAGACCUUGUAAAAGCCUUGAUCGAGUCUUUUACACACGAGUAGAGAAAGAAAGUCCCACAUGCACUUUACAGGGAAAUCAAACAUCUUUAUUGUCUCAAGAGGUUUUCAUGAUGAGCUCUGCUCACAGCAUAAUCAAGUUUCUUUUUUUCCUUAAUACUUAUAUUUUUUGUUAUGGUUUUGGCUUUGGCUUGCACGUUUUCGUGUUUGUUCCUUGUACGUCUUUUCCUUUCUUCCUAGUUGUUUGGGGUUUAUUUUUCAAGAUCUUUGCAUGUACUAGUACUAGUAAACAGAUAUAUGGAAAUAUGUUGCAAGUCUUUUUAUUAUAUUGAA